AAUAAAAAAAAAAAAUAAAAAAAAAAAAGAAAAAAAAAAAAAAAAAAAAAAAAGAAAUAAAGAAACAAAAAAAGAAAAAGAAAAAAAAUUUCCAUUCGAAUUUCCCCACUCUGUUAAGAGGAACGACCGAGGGAACCAAUGGGAAUGUUCGAAGUAUUCAUAUGGUCGACCGAGAGCACGCGAUUGGUCAAUAAGAUUCGCGCUCGUGGUAUAAAUUGUGCGCCAUCUUGCGUCCCAAUGGAGUCGACCAAUCCCACGUUUUAGUUAGUCCAUACUAGCCGUAGCUUAUCGGCAGCACAUGCAGAGAAGCGUGUGUUUGUGUUACUUUGGUCAUAGCGUUGACAAAACGCUAGAAGAAAGAAUUAAUAUAAUAAUUUAUCAAUAAAAUGUUAAAAGAACGUACGUGAUGUCGUUCGUAUAUUUCAUCUGAUACUUCUUUCAAGAAUUGUGAGAGAAGAAAAGAAAGAGGGAGAGAAAGAGAAAGAGAAAGAGAGAAAGAGAGAGAGAGAGAGAAAGAAAGAAAGAGAAAGAGAAAGAGAGAGAGAAAGAUUGUAAGAGAAAGAGAUAGACAGAUUGUGUUUUAUCGUACUAUAGGGUGCCCAAUGAACGCGUUUCACCGGCGUACGAGGAAAACGGUGAAACGAAAGAAAGAAGAACGAUUAUUGAGACAGCCACUUCGUACCUGACAAUCCGAGAACGCGGAACAUUCCGAAAAACAACGUUAUCGUUUUGCUCUAUAUACUCGUGAGAGAACGCAUCGUGUUUCAUUGACAACGCGAGCGCCACUGGCAAUGUCGGGAAGUGACAGUCCAACGUUUUUUCACGGCCAACCCUGGUCCAACUGGAUCGAAAGAAUCGGAAGGGAUAAACCAUUAAGCGAUGAAGAAUCAGAAACAAAACCAACGAGUACAGUCACUCGUCUUUCUGCAGAAGACAUCGAUCUGUAUGGAUUCUGUCCAGAAAGAGAUACUUUUUAUGGAGUGGUCUGUGAGAUAUGCAACUCCAUAGUAAAACCACAAGCUCUUAUUCAGCAUAUGGAGAGUCGACAUCCUAGUGGUACGGCCAAUUUUCCACCCCCAUCUGUACCCACAACGAAACCUCCAGUAAAGACGCCAUAUUGCAAAGUAUCUAAAUUAAAGAAGACUCAACCGGCGUCAGCUCAAAACUCGAGUGGUACCAAAGUGAUUCAUACGUCAGUGAAACGAACUUCGUCGACAGAGCAACAGCAGCAGCAGCAGCAGCAGCAACAACAACAACAACAACAACAGCAGCAGCAGCAACAACAACAACAGCAACAGCAACAACAGCAACAACAGCAACAGCAGCAACAACAGCAACAACAACAACAACCUAAUAGUACCUCAUCAACGUCGUUACCAGUUUCAUCCUCACCUAGAUCACCAUUAGAAACAACAUUACAAACCGUACAAACAGCUACCACCAGUACAAGCAGUGGUUCACUGGCAUCGUCAAGUCCAGUUAAAAGUCCUGGUACCAGUGGACAAACCAGACGAAAAAGGCUUAAAACGGAUCGUUCGCUCCUCAAAGAUCGCGAAUAUGAUCCUGAUCGGCACUGUGGCGUAUUAAAUGAGGAAACAGGGAAACCAUGUACGAGGUCACUCACAUGCAAAGCCCAUACAGUAUCUUUACGUCGUACCGUCAUUGGUAGAAGCAAAACGUUCGAUAAAUUACUCGCGGAGCAUAGGGCAGCAAAGGAAGUACCGAGUAAUACAAGGACAACGAAAUUAUCAGUAACUGGUACAGUCGUACCAUUGUCAUCACCAACGAUCAAUCCAACGUCAUUGACAACAAAUGCUUCUACCACAAAUGUUGAUUCCGAAGCACCAAGUUCGCCACCUGUAUUAUCAUUGCCGGACACCUAUCCACUGCCAAAGACGAAGCUCGAAGAGGAGUUCGGUAACGAGGAACUACGGAGCCUGGAGUCGUCCUUGGUCGAAGCAAGCGCGUCCACGUCAGGUUCACAGACCACCGCGCAAUCUUCUUCGGGUUCGAUGAUGAUGGGUCCUAUAUCGGUGGUCUUGCCAUCGCUCUCGCCGUUGCCAACGAAUCAACAGGAGGAUUCAACGGUGGUGGCUACCUUGAUACAAACUGCUACACCAGCACUAACGACAACAUCGCAAUCGGCUACGGCUACGGCAGCGGCAUCGGCAUCCGCAUCGGUUUUGUCGACGACGUCGUUAACUUCGAUGAUGGUCUCACCGAUGGCAGUUGUAUCCAACGACGUACCAUCACCUACGGCAACCGGUGGUACACCAACGUCUGUACCAACGGCAAUCGCAACACCAACGACAGCACCGUCGACGACGCCUAAUGCGACGACAACUUCGACCACAACGCCUCCGCAUAAUUCGAACGCCAUUACGGGCUCUCUAGUUGAUCAUGAAAAUUCUCUCGACGUAGUCGAUCCGGACGAUCCAAUUGGCAGUAUAUAUUCCGCCGCUUUCAAGGACGACAAAACAUUGUCGUCAUUACGUUCGAACAAUCUUUUAUUAUCGCCAUUGUCAAGGAGUUCCUAUCAUCGGCAGCUUCAACAAGCUUCCUCGAUGCCAACCUUGAAUCUUUUCGAACCCGUAGUCGAUCAACUCGAACAACGUAACGCUGCUCCGAUAAAUGGUAAAAGAUUCAAUCAUAGUAAUCGUACGAGCCCGUUACCAGGUACAAGAUCAAGCAAAAGAAGCAAACAGGAUUAUCAACAUCGUCAGGAUUAUUCUACGUCUAUACAACUCGAGGCUACUACUACCUCAACGCCUUAUCCUAAUUUCGGUGAUAUUACUUGGUCGAACUGUCAUCCUGAACCACUGGCCGUUAGCCGGUGGCUUCGUAUUACGUCCAGCCGUAAGCAGUACAACUUUAAUAUUCACUGACACAAGACCCCACCUACUCCGGGCUAAGGGACGAACAUUUUUCUGCUUUUCCAUUUCAUAGUUCGAUAGUUCUUUUUUCUCUCUCUCUCUCUCUCUCUCUCUCUCUCUCUCUCUCUCUCUCUCUUUCUCUCUCUCUCUCUCUCUCUCUCUCUCUCUCUCUCUCUUUUUAUUUCUUUUUUCCUUCUUUUUUUUCCCUUCCUUCAUCAAUAUUCUGAAGCCUGCAGGAGAAGGGACGGUCUUUGUAAUGCAUCGUCGUUUCUUAAUUUUCUUUUUUUUCUUUCUUUUUUUUUUUUUUUUUCUUUUUAUUCUUCUUAUUUUUUUCUUUUCUUUUCUUUUUUUUUUCUACUUUUAUUUUUAUUA